ACGUAACAGCGGUAGUACUCCGUAGUAUGCCAUACAUUCUGCUUGCGAAGCCACGAUAUACUCGUUAUGACGUGUCUCAGUAGAGUUUUGUUCACGUCAUGGCGGACACCGCAGGGACCGAUCUAGGCAAAUGGGAUUCCUCUCGUCCGCUUGCCUCUCCGCAUACAUGCACCUUAGCCUCGCACACACUAUCAUUUCUAAUCUUGUAACACGGUAUUUAGACAUACCGCACUUCUUGUGAGAGUUACCGCACCCCUACCUAAAUGCUCCACCAAAAAACCACUUGUGUCGGGCUUGCAUAGCAAAGCCCUACGCAUCUCGUGUGUGACGAGCGAAAAUGCUUAAUGCAAAAACUGUAACGAACGUGCUGGAGAGCACACCAGCUGGACAGACGAUUCUCUCUUUGUCCGUUUCAAACAAUCAAAAGUCAUUACGAGAAAAACUCUCGGAGAACUUGUACUCUUCGUACUUAGAUCUAGACGCGGAAUUCCGUCAAUUAUGUGUUGCCAAAAUCAAGCAAUUGUCUCCGGAAGAACCGUUGUAUUGGCAGAUUGAUCAUCUUUACCUCGUACUACACAAAGCUUUUGUCGUAGAAGCCAAUCGGUCUGGACAAAACCAAAAUCAGGAAAGUGAUGGUGCUGUCGCUGCUGCUCUUGCUCCUAUGUCUGUACCUGAAAGUACUGGCAUUGUCAAUCAUGACAACGGGCUCCCGACAAAGGACACAUCGUCUUUCUCUCAUGCACUUCUAAUGCUCACAACAGCGGGACCCAUGUUCACAUCCACGGCAAAGUUGUCGUCCCUCGACCCUCGGCUACCAGAUGGAGGAAAGAUUGCUGCUUCCACUGCGGUUGUUCCCGUGGAUGCCAAAGCUUCGCCGAUGGAUCCAAAGCUGCGUCAAGUAUCGCCUACCUAUUCAUUCAAGCCGUCUAACCCUGUCAUGCCAUACCAACCCACACACAUCAAGCUGCCGUCCGCUUCGCGGAUAUCGAGUGGACCCUUUCAAAGUUUUUUCCCUACAAAAGAUCAAGAUGCAUCCGUCGUUCCAGAAGCGCUGUUUCAGUCUGCCGUCUGGCAUGUUCAGUCAGCAAAAUAUCAGUCCUCUUCUACCAAUGAGCUGCUCGACGUAGACUUCAUACGCGAUAACCUGCACGUUUUGUCUGACGAUGUAUAUGCUGAUGCUCCUAUAUCACAGCGGCUACGUGAAUUGAAUUCUCGGUUGCUGCAGCUUAAUGAGAUGCAAGCAGCCCGUCUCAUCUCUGCACCUCUUGACUCAAUCCCGCAAGCCGAAUUGCAGUUAACGCACAGCAUCGAGCAUGAUCUUGCUGAUCUUGUACAAACAUAUGAACUUUCACCCGAAACCGUGGCACAAGCCGGAAGCAUCGACCUUUCCUUUACGGCUCCAGGUCCACUAUACCAGGGAACUCUGCCACCCGUAGUGCCGGCAGCCAUGGACGCGGCAGCCAUUCACAUGUCCAACCGGGCUCUUUCUGCGCAUCCUGCUAUGAACUAUGUCUGGGCGCAAGCACCGGCGAGAGCAUCUCCCGAUGUUCAUCGCAGAAGCGGAAGCAAAUCGCGCAAGUAAUUUCGCUCAUUCGUGAAUCAGUCAUACGCGCUUGCUCGUCCAAGGACUCUACUAAUCCCCUGUAGCAGGCUGGCGCCACCAAAACUGUCUCGCGUGUUCAUAUGCUCUAUAUAGAAUAUAAAUUAUGAAACUAGACCAGUAAACCCUUAUCCAUCUUUUGUUUGCGCUGCGUGGUGCGCAAAAAAGUGCUCUAUAUUCAUCUAUUCUAGCUUCGCGUUUGCUUAAACUAGCCAGUUACACAAUAAGC